AUGUUCUGUAUAGGUGGCAAGGAAAUUAUUGAAGAUUCUAUAAUGAGCCGUGUUCUGUGGCAAGAAAAACUACUGAAGAAGAUUCUAUUUCAUGUGACGGCCCGUAUCAACAACACGCGCCUCAGUCAGGAGGAGAAACGAGUGAAGAAGGAGAAAGUUGAAGAGAGACUACGCCGACUGGAAUAUGAUACAGAAGUGGUGAAGAGAACUCUUGAAGAUGAGGCCAAGCGGAGUUGUGAAACUGUUAGUGAGAAACUGCAUGCUUACAUUCAUGAUCAGGAGACUGUGAAAAAGCUGAAACAGUGGGAUAUCAACACAGACAUACCGGUUCGAGAGUCGGAUCUUGCCCUCAUCGAACAUGAGGCAAAGGAAAAGAUUCUUGCAAAGGUUGGAAGAGAAAUAAAGAUAUGGUGCGAGAAUGAAAGACUAACCGACAUUACUUCUGAGCUCGCAAACCGAUUCAGAGAGGAAUAUUGCCUGAUCGAAGAACAAUGUCAAGAUAUUGAUAAUCUCGUUCAGGACGUCAGCAGUUCCGUGGAUUUAGACGAUAUUGAUGACAAAGACGAGGAGUUGUCUCAUCGAGUCCCACUAUUUGCUGGGAAAGAAAAACUGGCUUUGGUACUUACGGCACCAUUGUGGGUUCCAUUGAUGGUUCUGGCUUUUUCCGUGGCAUUACCCGUCAUGGGUGUCAUAGCGAUAAAGGAAAACUUUAAUGAAAAGCAAAUAAGUAAAAGCUAUCGUCAGAAUAAGAAAGCGUUCAUGGACGAAUGGGCCGAUGAAGUUUUGUCAAGGUUUUCACUGGAAGCAAUAUCGAGCAAGCUGGAAAUGACAUAUAUGGACAAUUUUUACAAAUGCCUAGACAGGCUUUGCGAUGUUGUUAUCCCAAGACAAAUCGAGUCGGACCGGGAGCUGAUUGUUAAUAUCCAAAAAGAAGAGCGGCGGUCUUCAGCAAUUCGUCGACAGUACCACCCACUUGAGAAACGAUGUCAGUGCAUGACUGGCAAACUACUUCUCGUACAAAUGGAAUAUUUCUAUGAGGAUAAGAUCAUGAACAAGAACAUCACCAAGGGAGACUACCUUGGGAAAGGCUCAUUUGCAACCGUGUAUAAAGCUGAGGUUGUAAUAGGAGAUGAGAGGAAAUCUGCAGCUGUAAAAUGUAUGACACAGCCUCUGGAGUACUCCGACUCAUAUUCACAACUGACAGAGGUAACAACACUUAUCAAAUGUUCGCAUGGCUGGAUUGUGAAGCUCUACGGUAUUUCAUACGAGGAGAUUGGUUCACAUAAAUAUCUCCAAAUUAUCAUGGAGCUCUGUGACUUCACUCUGUCCUCGCGGAUCUUCCCUAGAAGGGAUGGCAGUCCCGCCCCUGUAACGUCCUGUAGUCAGUUCCUAUUAACCUCUAGUGAGGUUAAUCCCUCACUGAAUUUCUUCAAGAGGGUUUCGAUGGAUGUGUGUAAGGCAUUGGUAUAUAUACACAAAAAGAACUUGAUACACCGAGACCUCAAGCCUAGUAAUAUCCUGCUUCAGGGAAGCCGUGCCAAAAUAGCUGACGUGGGUCUGACGAAGGAGACGGACCUUAUCACAGGAACGCUAGCUGGGACUCCCGCCUAUAUCGCCCCGGAAGUGAUAUUGACGAAACUGUACGGUACGGAGGUCGAUAUCUACAGUCUAGGUGUACUUCUGUGGGAGUUAUGGUACGGUGCCAGGGCGUACCAUCAGGAUGGUAUUGGGGGACACCAAAUAUUUGAGCAGGUCAAGGCUGGACACAGACCAAGCUUCUACCAAAGUCAUAUCCCACCUACUGCCUUACAGAAACUAAUGAAACGAUGUUGGCAUGAGAAUAGAAAAUGUCGACCUGAGGCAGGAGAAAUAUAUGAUAUUAUAAAGGAGCAAUUAUUUAAGUAAUGUGUGAUCAAAUACCGAGACUCUACCGAGGUAAUUGGUCUUUCAUAAAGACACAAAUGAAAUUUUUGGAACAUAACGAUCGUAAAUCAAGGUCUGAAUGAGAAAUAUUAAAUACUGUAAGGCGAAUAUGGACGUUUAGACAAACAAAGCAAAAUGUUAAAACCACUCACUGAAAAAGUUGAUUUUACAGGAAUAUUAGGUAAAUGUGCAAGUUUGUUCGAGUCACUGCCAUAAAAAACGAUGUUCUAACCAAAACAGUUUCACUGACAUUCUGCCAGCUUGGUCACUGGUGACGUUUGUGUUGUGGGAUUUACUACCCCUUGUUCACCAGUGACCAAGCUGGUAGCAUUUCAGUGACUCGAUGAAACUUGCACAAAUACAAAACGUUAAACGGGGGAAAUACAAUCGAUAAUUGUUUUUAUCGAACUGAUCGUACAGCUGGAGAAAGAUAAUCUCGGUUUCUGGUAAUGAACGUCGCCCUUUAUUUGAACUGCAUGUCUGUACUUAUUUGUACAACUGGGUAGACUGAGUAUAAAUAUGUAGCAAUAUUUAUAGUAGUGCUUUAUUACACAUGCUACACUGUAAUGCGCGGGAGAUAGAAUUCAAUGUUUAAAUAUUGAACCUUCAAAACUAAAUAUAAACCUGAUAUUAACAAUUUGCCGCCUUUGUUAAAGUGAACACACUGUAUUUAAGGUACCUUUCUUGAGUAGAUGAUUUUCUCUUAAUUGUCUAGAUGAGUAAAUUACGGUCAAUAUCACUAACUCAGGACCAUAUAGACGAACAUUCAACUCAACAGAAGUCCAUAUUAAUGAUUAUUAGAUUUUUCUCAAAUCCUGAAUUAUAGGACUAUAAAAUUCAAUUGAAUACAUAUAGAUGCUUAACCUGACGUUACGUUUUUUGGUUUAAACAAUAUUUUAAUUCCUACAUCAUAAUCAUAAAUACACAGGUCAAUAGGAAUAUUAAUAGGAUCUGGCAACAAGUUUUACGUUACGUUUCUUACUUCAACUCAUGCUUUGUAAAUGUCCACGGGUUGUUUAUCGAAAUGAAGAACAGUUUUGAGCUCACCUGGUCCCAAGGACCAUGGUGAGCUUAUGCCAUACCGCAGCGUCCGUCGUCCGUCCGUCAACUUUUCCUUUAAAAUGCUAC